GCCGGGCGCCGGCGCGCUCGGCUCUUUCCGCCGCCGCCGCUGCCGCGCGCUGCCCCGUGCGCUCCGGAACCUUCGGCAAUUUCCGUCGGGCCCUGGCCGCCAUUUUCUCUCCGCUUGUGUGUCUCGCCGGCUGCGUGGCUCGGUUCUUGUGAGCGAAGCUUUGUCCGGUUCGGCAAUGGACGGAAUUGUUACUGAAGUUGCAGUUGGCGUGAAGAGAGGAUCUGACGAACUACUCUCAGGCAGUGUUCUCAGUAGUCCAAACUCUAACAUGAGCAGCAUGGUGGUUACAGCCAAUGGUAAUGAUAGUAAAAAAUUUAAAGGAGAAGAUAAAAUGGAUGGUGCUCCUUCUCGUGUACUUCAUAUUCGAAAAUUACCUGGUGAAGUGACCGAAACUGAAGUUAUUGCUUUAGGCUUACCUUUUGGUAAGGUGACCAACAUCCUUAUGCUGAAAGGAAAAAAUCAGGCAUUUUUGGAACUAGCAACAGAGGAAGCAGCUAUUACUAUGGUUAAUUAUUAUUCUGCUGUGACACCUCACCUUCGUAACCAACCGAUUUAUAUUCAGUACUCCAAUCACAAAGAACUAAAAACAGAUAAUACAUUGAACCAACGUGCUCAAGCGGUUCUUCAAGCAGUGACAGCUGUCCAGACAGCAAAUACUCCUCUUAGUGGCACCACAGUUAGUGAGAGUGCAGUGACUCCAGCCCAGAGUCCAGUGCUUAGAAUAAUUAUUGACAAUAUGUAUUACCCUGUAACACUUGAUGUUCUUCACCAAAUAUUUUCUAAGUUUGGUGCUGUAUUGAAGAUAAUCACAUUUACAAAAAAUAACCAGUUUCAAGCUCUUCUCCAGUAUGGCGAUCCAGUAAAUGCUCAGCAAGCAAAACUAGCCCUAGAUGGUCAGAAUAUUUAUAAUGCUUGCUGUACCCUAAGGAUUGAUUUUUCCAAACUUGUGAAUUUGAAUGUAAAAUACAACAAUGAUAAAAGUAGGGAUUAUACUCGACCUGAUCUUCCAUCUGGGGAUGGACAACCUGCAUUGGACCCAGCUAUUGCUGCAGCAUUUGCCAAGGAGACAUCUCUCUUAGGGCUUCCUGUUGCAGCUGUUCCAGGAGCUCUGAGUCCUUUGGCUAUUCCAAACGCUGCUGCAGCAGCUGCUGCAGCUGCUGCUGGCCGAGUGGGUAUGCCUGGAGUCUCAGCUGGUGGCAAUACAGUCCUGUUGGUUAGCAAUUUAAAUGAAGAGAUGGUUACGCCCCAAAGUCUGUUUACCCUCUUCGGUGUUUAUGGAGAUGUGCAGCGUGUGAAGAUUUUGUACAACAAGAAAGACAGUGCUCUAAUACAGAUGGCUGAUGGAAACCAAUCACAACUGGCCAUGAAUCAUCUUAAUGGACAGAAGAUGUAUGGAAAAAUUAUUCGUGUUACUCUGUCUAAACAUCAGACUGUACAACUACCUCGAGAGGGACUUGAUGAUCAAGGGCUAACAAAAGAUUUUGGUAAUUCCCCACUGCAUCGUUUUAAGAAACCUGGAUCCAAAAAUUUUCAGAACAUUUUUCCUCCUUCUGCAACCCUUCACCUAUCCAAUAUCCCUCCUUCAGUAGCAGAAGAGGAUCUACGAACACUGUUUGCUAACACUGGGGGCACUGUGAAAGCAUUUAAGUUUUUUCAAAGAGAUCACAAAAUGGCUCUUCUUCAGAUGGCAACAGUGGAAGAAGCUAUUCAGGCCUUGAUUGAUCUUCAUAAUUAUAACCUUGGUGAAAACCAUCAUCUGAGAGUGUCUUUCUCCAAGUCAACAAUUUAAAAAAGGGGAGCUGAAGAUUGGCGGUGAAUUGUUUGGUGUCAACACCUAUUGACUGUUCAGAAAAGUGGGGACCAGAGUUUGAUUUUUUUUGUUGUUUUCUUUUUUUUUUUUCUUUUUUCCCAUGCUGUUAUCAUUCCUUGGUUAUAAAAUGAAAUGGCAUAUGUAAAGGCAGAGUUAUUAACUGCUCUCUUUCAUCUGUUCUGUAGAGAAGCCAUUUUUAUUGUCUGUUUAAAAUUUUAAUUUUACUUUCCUUUUUCAACUUAGUUGACAUACGUGCCUUAAAAAGGAAAACUAGUGUUGCUAUUGUGCAUUUACUAGAAGAAAGGAAUUGGUUGUCUAGGGCACAUUGUUAAAUGGGAAUUAACAAUAUGUUUAGGCAGGGGUGUGUAAAAAGGUUAAGUUUUUGUUUCUCCUGCUUGGAACUUAUUUUGAAUUAUUGGCUUGUCGCAUUUCUUUCUAUUUAAUCAAAUAAGAUACAUGAUACUGAAAGAAUAAAGCAGCAUUUUUUUUAGUUUUUACUACCUUAGGCUUUAUUGCUUUAAAAAAAACAUUGGCCUUUUGUAUCUCACAAUUCUGGUCUAGAUUCAGUUAUGAAUGUAGGCAUUAGUUAAAAUUAACAAGAUGCAGAGUUAAUUUCUUAAGACAACAAAGUGAUUUCUGUAAGUUUGAGCCCUAUGUGGAAAGCAUUGUGGAAUCUUAACCUUUUUGUACACACUCUUGUGGGACGUAUCAUAUAAAUGUCAGCACUAAGUAACGUCUUGUUUGUGGCUGAAUAUUUUUCGUAGAUGUUUUUGAAGUUGACAUGAUUUAUGUGCAUUUAAAUAUAUAUUGCCAUCCUUAGUUUGUAAUUAAGAUUUGGAAUACGGUUGUGGAUUUCUGAGCAUGUGCAGACUGGUCUAGCUAGUUCAGGAACUGGUGCAUGUAUUUUUCAAAGAUAAAAGAAAGUGUACUGCGAAAAUUUGCAGGAAGAUUAAUUUUGUGGCAGUUUUCUAAAACUGACAACCAGGUGGGACCAAAGUUUAUGUGCCUUUAGUCUUAAUUUACCUUGCAUUGUAAUAUUCAGUUUUAAUAAAUCUUCAAAAUAUUUUGUAUUUAGGAAUAGAUCUGACUUUGACUUUAAUAAAAACAUGGCUCAGAAUCUACAGGUCAAAUUAAUUUGAACAGUUCUUGUCAAUCUGAAUUGUUUAUUCUGUUUAAAUGACCAAUACUUUUUCAAAUUGAUGUACUUAGUUUCCAGGUUCAUAGAUUCUGUUAUCUAUGUAGACAGAAUGGUCAUGUAUAUUUUCUAUUAGUUGAGUUUUUACAUCUUUAGAAAUGUAAAAUUCAGUAUAGUUUGAAAGCGGCACAAUUAAAAAUUAAUUUUCUAACAAA